AUGUCUUCCCCCGUCGACGCAUUGCACCCCUCCUACAUCCUCGACCACCUCGUGAAGGUCGUGCUCCCCGAGAAAUGCGAGUCGAGUAGUGUCGUGGCGGACUACUAUAAGAAUGAGCUAGCCGAUCCGGACAGCGCUAUUGCGCAAUGCCAGUCUUUUCUUCCGGACUGGGUGGUUGAGCUUUCGGCGACUGGGAAGCUGAGAGAACCCGAAUCACUUUCAGACCAUAUCACUCUGGACUUCCCCGAUCAUGGUGUCAUCUACGUUCUCGUUUUGAUCGUGGAUGACGAGCCGUGGUUCUAUGCCGGCCAGGCCAGGGAUGGAGAGAAACGGCUUGCUAGCUGCCACGAGAAUCCGGUUUACCGCCGUAAUAUUCCAUGCUUCCUAUACUACCUUUGGGAGCGUGCUUCUGCGGUGUACUGUUGCCUCCCUGUUUCGGACGUCGCGCUCACUCCUGGGCCUAUCAUGAACAUCUUGGAGCAGUGGUUCUGCUUGAUGUUUCUUUCUCUUCAACCAAUGGAUCUGCAACAGCAAUUGUCCGGGGAAACCCUUCGGCAGAUUCCGGCGUCAAAAAUGCAACGCGGGAUAAACGUUCGUGAUCCGUUGGCGCAGCCAUUUGGGUUUCGCGACUACCCUUCGAAGAAUGUUGCCUUUCGGUACUCGAGCGAGCCUCAUAAAUUGGCUUACUUCGCAUGGAGAAAGACGGCUGCGCCCGAGCCACGCGUAGAGCAGCUUCUUCGCGGCGACCUCUAUACUGGCAAGAUCACGACAAGUUACGACAAAGGCGAGAGCCUCGUAUACUUUGGCGGCUGUCAAUUCGCCGUCUCAGACUUUUUCCUGGGCCGCAUCAUGCCGGACACACUUCGCGUCCACUGCGAUUUGCUUCCCGCUGGUGAGAAGCAUCCCCAUACAAUUAUUGGUGGUAUGUAUUCUCCCGCCAAAUACGACGAUCCCGCUCGUAGACUCGGUAUUCGCUUGAGUGCCCUUCAGGCUGCCGAUGGCGAAGAAACGUGGAUAUGGCAUCGCUUCUGGUAUCAUGAUCUUGACAUCUGGAUUCCAAAGAUGAAUCGACUUGUCGACUGGCUUGAGCGGCGGAACCUCAAUGAAGCGCGACCGCGUCGUUUCUACCCGGAUUCAAGGGAAAAGAGCCCUCGUGGAUUGUUCACUCGACAUCCAGUGGACUUCAAGAACAAAGACAGUGAUGAGUGGAAGGACUUCAUCACAUUCAAAGAGCUGGAGAAGUGGAACAGCUGGCAUGCUUAG